GCUUAAUGAUUCUUCCAAAUCGACGGCCGAAAAGACACGCUUUAAAAUUCUAAGAUUACGUGGCAAACUUUGAACCGUUAAGAUGUUUGAUGACUCGGAAGCUCUCUCACGUCACAUAUCCGUAGUUAAAGAACGAAUCGGACCGAGCGAACUCCGGCGGCGGAUUGCAUUUCCGGCAAGAUCUGGCGGGGAUAAUAUGGCGGAUGAGAGGUAUAACCGGAAGAAUCCGGCGGUGAAGAGGAUUUUGCAGGAGGUUAAGGAGAUGCAAGCAAAUCCCUCUGAUGAUUUUAUGUCUCUUCCUCUUGAGGAGAAUAUCUUUGAGUGGCAAUUCGCCAUCCGAGGUCCAGGUGAUACUGAAUUUGAGGGCGGGAUUUAUCAUGGGAGAAUUCAGCUGCCUGCAGAUUACCCUUUCAAACCCCCUUCAUUCAUGUUAUUGACCCCUAAUGGUCGCUUUGAAACCAAUACCAAGAUUUGCUUGAGCAUUUCAAAUUACCACCCCGAGCAUUGGCAACCUUCAUGGAGUGUUCGGACUGCUUUGGUGGCUCUGAUUGCAUUCAUGCCCACAAGUCCCAAUGGAGCACUAGGCUCAGUAGAUUAUCCAAAGGAGGAGAGACGUACACUAGCCAUUAAAUCUCGUGAGACACCACCCAAGUAUGGCUCUCCUGAACGGCAAAAAAUUAUUGAUGAGAUUCAUCACUACAUCCUUAGCAAAGCAACAUUGGUUCCAAAACCUCUUCCUCUGGAAUGUAACCAAACAUCUUCCACCAUCUCAGAGGCUCACUCCCAAGCUGAGCCACAGGAAUCCAUAACAGUAGUGGAGGAGCAGUCCAUCUCUACAACAGAAACCAUAGUUGAUGAUCAAAUCAUAGAAGAGACAGCUGAAGCAGUCAAUACAGCAGCUAAUGUGGUUCCCGCUGCAGCAGCGUUAACAGCAGUUGAAGUUGCAGCCAAAGCUUCUGUUAGUGGUGAGCAAACGAUGGCCAGAAGAGCGGCUCAGAAGCCAGUUGAUGACAGACUGUUUACGUGGGCGGCGGUUGGGCUCACAAUCGCAAUUGUGGUUCUUCUCCUGAAGAAGUUCAUAAGAUCAAGUGGUUAUGGUGCUGGGUUUAUGGAUCAGUCUUGAACUCUGAUGAACAUACGUCGAUCCAAACCAAACCAGACGGUAAAAGUCAAAGUUGAUCGAUGAAGGAAAGUCAACACUGCUAUUGGGAAAUGGGUUUGUGUUGUUUAAUAUUUAUAAAUAUGAUUAAAGUGC